AAUAAAUAUAAAAGAAAAAAAAUAACGAAGAAAGCAAAAAUGAUGUGUAUACCUUAUCGGAAAGUACUGCUGCUUCGAACCAAAUAAUUAAAUAGUAAAUACGGAAAUCUUGGUCAGUGGUGCGCCGAAAAAGAAAAAAACAGCAGUGCUGCCUGUUGCCGAAAACAACAACAAACACUUCGCUUGGCUGGAGGAUAUCUCUCAAGUUCCAGCGAGCAAUAACUUUUCGACGGAUGAUGGAAAAUAUUCUACUGAAGGAAGCAAUAAUCAUGGCCAACAGCAAUAAUAUGUGUCGACUGUGCUUAUCUGCCAACGGGAUUACAGAGCCAAUAUGCUACGACCAGCGUGACCAAUUCUUGCUGCAGAAAAUCUACGAGUGUACCACGCUGCAAAUCUCGCCCUUGGCCGGCAUUCCGUCAUCGUUGUGCACCAUCUGCAAGGCACGUCUGGACGAGUUCUACCAGUUUCGCUGGCAGUGUAUAAAAAAUGAUGAAAUAAUUCGCAGAAUAGCGGACAACUUCCCGAAGAACCAACAGCAGUCAUCGCCACCACAACCGACAACGCCGGAAAUAGGUAAUCAAAACCCUAAACAAGAGAUAAUCGAAAUCAACUCAACACAGCUACAGCCGGUGGAUGAGCCUUCUGAGUAUAUUGCUACUGGGAGCAAAAGAUCGGAAACACCAGACCGAUAUCCGCACCCGGAGCAUGUAUCACCAGAACGCUCCGAUCCAGUUCCCUACGGAAUGAGUCAGCACGACCAUAUUCAGCAUAAUCAAUACAACGUUGACGGUACCAUUUCUUCCAAUGUUUCAUCAGUCGAGAGUGUUCACCCGGUGAACUUUCCUCCGGAAACAAAGUAUCCAAUGUCGGAGCCCAUGGCACAACAGUUUCAGUUUACGGAUUUUCGGAGGAAGCGUGGGCGUCCUCCCAAACAAAAGUACGACCAAUAUCACCACCCUAUCGUGAAAUACGGCGAGAGUUCUAUUGAUGAUAGUAAAACUCAAAAUUCAAUAGAUUGUUCCGAAUCGAGCAAUACAAUGAUUGAUGAACCCGAAACCAUACUAGCCUACGGUGACAGCUCUAGGAGCGGAGACUAUCAGCAAGAAUCAGUGUACGGCCGAUGGCCUUCUGAACAGAAAAUCAAACUUGAACAAACGGAUAAUCAAGUGACACGUUAUGAAGAGCAACAUAACACCACAGAAGGUCACCAUGAGCAUGAACACAAAGACUACUUAAAACAUUUAUCCGAUAAUUCGGUGCAAACCGCAAUGAGCACGGAUGGUUUCGUAAAACGAAGCCGUGGUCGACCACCGCGGGAAGGAGGUUGUCCGAACCAAGACCGAACGGAAUAUCGCUUCCAGUGCCAAUACUGCGAUGCUAGAUUCAAGGCGGCCAUAAAUCUGAAAUUGCAUACAAACACCCAUACAGGAGAGAGGCCAUAUAAAUGCCAAUUAUGCGAUAAAUCGUUCGCUCAUCCUAGCAAUUUGAGUGUCCAUUCUAAAUUGCAUAUGCAAGGACGGGUUAAACGAGAAGGCGCUCCAUCCGAAAAAAAGUUUCAAUGUCCAUACUGUCACACACUGUUCGCGCUGGCGUUCCAGUUGAAAAUCCACAUCAACACCCACACCGGUCAGAAACCGUACGUUUGUAAGAACUGUGGUAAAGGAUUCGCCCAACCGAGUAAUUUGCAUGUGCAUGUGAAAAAGCAUUGCCAUAAAAGAACCGAGUACGAAACGAUGCUUGCAGGCCCUUCGGUGGCCCACCAGCAGCAGGAUCCGCUGCAAUCAAAUUCCCCGGUAACAACGCAGCUAAAUUACCAUGCAAUGCCGCUACAUCAUCACGAACACCCUUUAGUGCCCAGGUCGACGCAUCAACAACAACAACACUCUCCUCAUGUCCAACCUGCAAAUCAUGCUCCGGAAACAGCAGCCGUCUCUGGUCACGUGCUACCGGCUCCGCACCCUCAACAUUUGAAUACACCCGAACAUCCUCAGCUGCAACAGCAGCACGAUACUCCUCCAACCAGCUCUGCUCCAUCACAUUCAUUGACAAUACCGUCGGUUAUGCUGGUUUAGUGAACAUUGUUCCGAGCGAUUGCAAUAGAUAAGUAUAAAUGCAUACAAACUGUAAAUAGUUGCACCGUGGUUUUACCAUUAUUCAGUAGGUACUACCAAUUAUUUUGUUUAACAUAUCGUUAUUUUUCAUUUAGCUUCUAUGUCAACAGAAGAAUAAAGUUUCCAACGUACUAUUGCAGCUGAAAUAGCUAGAUUAAGAAAUAUAUUAAUAUUUUUUCAUAUUUUUAUAGUCUGUUGAGCAAUAAACGUAUUAUAAGAUAAA